AUGGAUAAUAGAUAAAAUGAACAGAAACCAUCAGUACUAAGUUAUUCUUCAUUUGAUUCAUAUGCGAUUCAAGAUGAACAUGAUGGAAAUCUUAGUAUACAUCAAUUAAAAGAAAAGCCAUUUUUUAGUUUUUAAGAAGCAAAAGAUUAAUAUGGAGAAACUAACUUAAAUGUUAAUGGUAAAAAUAACCAACACAAAUAAAAAUAACCAUAUGAAACAGUAUUAACUAAAAAUAUAAUAGAUUUAGGAUUCACUUUAUACUGAAGAAAAAUUAGAAUUGCCAUCUUAACAACUUAGAUAAAUUCCUAAAUUACAAUAAAAUUUAGUUAAUAUAAAGUUAUUGAACUUAUCUUAAAAUUAAUUAACAACUGUACCUCCUUAAAUAAUGUAAUUAUUAUUUAUUUUUUAAUUUUAGGCGUAUGACUAAUUUACAAAAAUUGAUUUUGAGCAGUAACUAAAUUAAUGUCUUACCAAUAUUUUUACAAACUUUAAAAUAUUUAGAAUAUUUAGAUAUGCAAGAUAAUUUAAUCAAAGUCUUUAAUAUCAAUCCUCCUGAACUUAAAUACUUAAAUUUAUCAAAUAAUUAUAUAGAAUAACUAUACUUCCCUAAUCUAGAACAUUUAUGUAUCUAAAUGAAUUGUUUCUCUACUAUACCUAAGGGAUUUCAUAAAGUGCUUUAUGGAAUGCAAUAUUUUGAAUUUGAUUGGUUUAAAUAUUGCAAACCAGCAUUACCAAUGAAGAUUAACUUUGAGAAAUAUUAGCAUAUAAAGGAUAAAUUAAUAUCUAUUUUAUAGACUACAAGUCUUACUUUUGAAGGUUUUGUUAAAUUUUUGAGUAUUUCUGAACCUAAUUUCUCUUAAACUGAUUAUAAGUAUAUUAAAUACUAUUUUAUAGAUACAGAAAUUUAUUUUUUUAAGCAGGUUCAUCAAAUGAAAUAGGUAUUCUUUAAAAUUUAAUGUAAAUUAUACCAGAAUAAAUCAAUAAUUUAGAUUUUGAUUAAAAUACACCUUUGAGUGCUUGUUAUAAUGAAACAAAAACAAGGUAAAAAUAUACUUUUAUAAAGAUCAGUCAAAGUAUUAAGAAGUUUGGGUGGAAAAUUUGCUCCUUAAACAAUCCAUGUUAUUUGUUAAAGAGUAGAUUUAGUAUUUUUCAAAAUAAUUUUAAAUCUUAAUGAAGAAGAUAAUUCAAUUACAUAACAUACAGAUUUAAAUCUAAUUAAUUUUAGAAAUAUUGAUGGUAAUACACCUUUACAUCAAUUAUUUAUGAAUUAUUCAAAGGGUCCAGAUGCAAAAGAAAUGGCAAAUUUACUUUUAUUAUUAGAUGCUGAUCCAAAUAGUGAAAAUAAUGAAGGUUGGACACCUUUAGAUUUAGCUGUUAGAAAAGGUUAAGUUAGUGCAAUUUAAUAUGCAGCUGAAUAUAAUAAGAGAUUAUAUUAGUUAAGAUCCCAUUAGUAAUUAUUUGAUUUCUAAAAAAAAUCUGGUAUAAGUGAAUGGUCAUUGGGUCAUGUUGCUGCAAGUGUUGGUAAUAUUGAAAUAUUAGAAUUGCUAAGUUAGGUAUUUAGACUAUAUAUAAAAGAUUAACAUAGAUUUAUUUUAAGUAAGUAAGUGCAAUAGAUUACCAAGACAUUUAGCAAUAUAAAGUUUAACUAUGUUAAAAAAUAUGAGGAAAUUAGAAAAAAGAUAAAUUAUUAGAAAUGUAUUACAUGAUUCUGUUUCAGUAUCAUAAACAGAGAAAAAUGUAUUUCAAAUGAAAAAUUAAAUUGAAAAAAAUAUGAAUAAAAAACAUUUAAAUAUUGCUUAAAAGUUAAUAGAAAAUGAAGAUGAUAAUAUUGAUAUAGAUGAUAGUUCUUUAAGAAUAGCUAGUGAAAGUUCAAUAAAAGAUAUUGCAAGUGAAUCAGCUCCUAUAUUUUAAAGAUUAGCUAACAAAGAAAUGACAAGAAUGCAAUUAGAAAAAUAAAAUAUGUCUACUUUAGAUACUACAGAUUUUGCAGAUCAUAUGCCUGAAAUAUAAAAACUAUUGAGAAAUCAUAAUUAUGAUGUAGCUCUUCAAAAGCUUAAAUAUGCUUUAUUAAGUGAUAUGCUCCCAUUAUCUGAAAGAUUAAAAUAUAAAGAUUAUUUACAAGUGAUAUAAUUUAAAAUGAAAUAUUCAAAAGUGGAAAUGUAAUCAUAUUUAAGAAAUAGUAUGAAUCUAAAUUUAAGUGAAUUUUAAUUUAAAGGAAUUCCUUAAGAUUAAAAAUGUAUAUAAUUAAAAAUAUAAUAGCAAAAAUUAUUAAAGAAUUAAUUAAUGUAAAUAAAGAUCAAUCAAAAAAUGAGACAUCUAAAAUAUAGUUUCAUAUAGAAAAAAUGCAACUUGUAUGUUAGAAUCCUUAAUUACAUUAAGAUUUACUUGUAAAAGAUUUAAUAAUAAUUAAUGAAUUGAGAUAGAGAUUGAGCAAUAAUCUAAUUUAUGAUAUUGCUAAUUAUGCAGAAUCAAUAUUUUAGUUGAAUGACUAAAUUUAUUAUUGGAUAAAUACUAAUUAUGGUAGAUGCGAAAAGAUAUUAAUAAAGUCUAAUAUUCCAAAUAUUAUUAAUUAUGAAUGCUUAUAAAAAAUGAAAUUCAUUAAGAAAAUAAAACCAAGAGAAAAAGAUUAUGAUAAUAUUGAAUAAGAUAUGAUAGAACCAGAAUCAUCUAUAUCUUCUUAUUAAUAAUUUACUUACAUUAUUACACCAUUUUAAAAUAGUAAACGAUUCUGA